GGGUGUCGUCGAUGUUACCUAGGCUACUAGAUAUUAUUGUACGCUGCGCAGUACGCCACCAAACGAUUUACUUCGUAGGAGAUUAGGGACAGCCUCUGAAACAGGCCUGUUCUUCACAUCAAAGUUCAAACAUGGACCUGUUGGGGUCUAUAAUGAGUAAGAUGGAGAAGCCUCCAGUAACAACUACCCAAGCACAGAGGGAAGCAAAGAAGAAACAAAUAGAGGAAGCAAAGAAAACUGAAAGAAAAAGAAAAGGAAUGCUCCUGAAGUUUCGCAAAGAGGCUGAAACAGAAGUACAGAAGUUCAUGAAAGAUGAUGUGUUACUGAAGAAGCAGUUUCCACCAAUGAAUGAAGUCCAAAGGAGCAUACUCCACGAUGUGGCCGAGGUGGCGGGCCUCGUGUGUCACGCGUUCGGCGAGGAGGGCGUCGACCGGCACAUCAUGCUGUUCAAAGAAGGAAAGCGACAGCACCUGUUCGCCGACGACUCUGCGCAGCGCGCCGCCGUCAAACUCGUCGUUUGGUGUGUGUCGAGCUCGCUGAAGACCGACAAGCGGUCCAUUCGAGGAGACCCUAGCCCGACAAUACGCGCCAAGAAGCGGCGGCAGAGGGACGAGUCGGAGCAGGAGGGCCGCCGACGGCGCCGGCGGCUGUAG